AUGAGCGAGGAGGGAGGGGCCAACGACUCUUUGCCAAUGCCACCACAUUGGGCUACUCUGAAGUUGGGUCUUGUGCACGUUGCUUUGCAUACUCCAAUGGUUUUCACUAUGUGGUACAUGCCGGCAUAUCUGCUGGACAGGCUUUUCGGCGACGCUCUCUUUCCAAUUCUGUUGGAACAUGCAGGUGAUGCACUUGAAGGCUUGCACAGAAGAGAUCCAGUUUUCCUUAGCACCAGCACAAGUCACAUGUCGCGAACCAGCCAAGCAGCGCCAGGCAAAGUGUCUGCUGGAGAAGGGCAGUCCUUGUUCGUCCUUGAGCUGUUGCAGCUUUACGUACUGGUUCUGCAGUGUAUUCGCAUAUUAGAGACUUCUCCUGUGAUGACGAAGCUCAUUUCAGCUCUGUUGCGAUGUGGACUGCGGUUUGUUGGCCUGGGACACUUCUUGGUUGGGGAGCCUGCUGCAGCUUCGUCAAAUGAGCCUUCGACUGACCCUGAUUUUUCCAGAGCUGAGUGCUCGUCCAAGGAGAAGCGCCCAUGGGUGUAUUGGGCGACAUGGGGCAAAGCACUGGGAGUGGCGGGGAUACUGGUCUUGUGCUGCUGGUCUGUCAUGGCCCUCGUCAUGGCUCUCCCAUUGGCUCUUGGAAGGCUUAUCGUACGUUGCAUUUUAUCUUCCCAGGCCAAACCAAUCUCUGACUUUCUUCCCCUCAGCAUGGGUGUGGUGGUUGCAUCAGCAUGGGUCCUCGUGAUGGUGAAGCUUGGAGAGGUCUCAAGCUUCUUCAAUGUUUGA